CACCAAUCAAAGCUCCGGCACGAGGACGCCAGUCCUGGUUUGGUUCGAAUCCAGUGCGAUUUUUCUCGCGAAUGAUGCGGAGCUGAAACGCCUCGUAUUCCUUGAGCUCGUCGUCGUCAUCGUCACCGGAACUUUCGCUCUCUUCAUUGCCAACAUCGUCGCCUUCUUUAAUAUCGACCGUGUGGACUGUGUCUGCCUUCUGCUUUGAUUUGCCAUCGAGAUCAUGUUGGAAAGUAGUCACCUGACCCUGAAUGGGAGAGCCAACCACAAACGGAUCUGAUACUGUAUCAUCAGCACCAAAAUUGGCCAUACCGUUGCUCAAUUCUUCUUCUUUAUCGCCGUCUCCAUCAUCGUCAUCCAUUUUAAAUAGCUUCUCCUCGCUCUCGUCAUUCAGAUGUUCCUCUUCACCUUCUUCGUCACCAUCCACAUCAUCCUGGAACGUUUCGUCUUCACAGACCGAGCUCAUCAUUUCGCUGUACACCUCGUCCUCCGCUCGAACGUUGUUGUCUUCUUCUUGGGUAAACGCAAACUGAUUCGGCUGUCGUGGCCACAGCGCCGAUACAGGCUCUCCAUCCAUCGACGCAUUUCCAGGUGAAGCUCCCAGCCCGAGCGACGACUGCGGUGAGCUUGAGACCCUCGCAGAGCUUCCACCUGUAAAAUUCGUCUGAACAAUUCCAAUCGGAUCCGAUACCAUGUUAUCCAUCGCUGUCAAGGUCUCAUCCGUCAUGCAGAGUUGGUUCACAGCUUCAGCCAGGUCAUUCUCGUACCCAGAUCCAUAGUCACUGCUGCUGUCUUCACUCUCAUCACUGUCGUCGUCCUUGUCGCCUUCUUGACUGUGCUCAUAGUUAUCGUAUACCCCCAGCGCCGUUGCUGGCAGUGCACUGUUGUCUGCGUCGUCUUCAUCUUCGCUCUCAGAAGGUCGAUUGAGCUCCCAACGAGUGUCACCUAGCGUCACUUCCUCUCGUUGCUGUCUGGAGUCGAAGAACCGAUGCAAAAGCGAGUUUUCCUCGCCCAUUUCAUGGUGUAGCGCCUGUCGGAGCUUUUCGUUCGUGUGGAUCCGCUCUACAGCUUUGGGCACGUUGGCGAUGGACUCGAGGAUCAUUUCCAGCAGCUCCUUGCGCUCCAUUUCCUUGCGUUUGGCUCGGUCGUCGCGACUAGCCGUCGGAGCGGAGGUUAAGCGACGCAGGAACGACAUGGGAGGGCGGAACUGCUCGGGGCUUGUGGAGGAGGCGGGUGAGGCGGCUCCAGUGCCUCGAGAAACGGAGAAUAGAGUGUCCACACCAUCAGGAGAGACUUCUCGACUUGCAGAGGUAGAAGACGCGUCCAGACGCCCCUGGGAACUCAGUGGAGACGUCGACGACAUCACCGACCCGAGGAAAUAACGGGUGCGGCUUCGAGGUCACUAUGCUCCCCGUGAUAGUGACGUUUACUUUUACGUAUGACCAUCAUUCUGUUGAUAUAAUGCCACUGCUCAAGAGAUUGCUCAGCGCAGAGGAACUGGGCGAUACACCCGCGAAUGCAACGGCUGAGCAGCUUUUUGCGUCGAGUAUUUAUGCGCAGGAGAUGCGCGCACAGCGACAGCAGGCAGCUGCGUUUUGUAGCGCCCCGCUUAUUGCCAUGUCAACCCUCGCGGCGAAGCGAAGUGGCUCGAGGUUGUGUUUGGCAAAGCGGAGCACUAUUCUAAAGCCACACGCAAUGAGUACGCUACUGACGUGGUUUGAUAGUUCCGCACUAGGAAAUGAACUGGAGAAGCUUGAAAGUUGCAGCAUUGAGCGAUGUGUGGGCGCUGCCCUGCUGGUUACCAGGGAAGGAAAGCAAGUGCUGUUCUUGGUGCGCGACCCGAAGGGUGUGACCAAGCGGCUGGCAGUGGCUGUGUCAAGUCCUAAUGCAGCGAUGACGACGGAGUUAGCGGCCGAGUGUCUUCACCGCGUACGUUUCCGCCAAUGUCGGUGUGUCUACGAGCUGCUGUGUGAGCUGGAUCACUUGCAGCAAAACUGGGAGGUGUGUAUAUUACUUUUAUUAUCUGGUGUCAGAUAUUUCACUGAUCGAGCUGAGCUGGACGGCCAGAAUGAAGCAGGGCCCGAACUCGUAGUGGUAGGACCGCUCUGCGACUUAUUUUCAGACUUCCGGACCGCGUCGGGGAUCACAACCACGGGUACGCUUUGUGCUUUAGUUUUAAUCUAUUCGUCUCAUUUCGGAAAAUGGCCACCUGCUCAGGUGCGGGACUCAAGCGCAUGGUGGAGCUCGCGAUCAGGCGGCUGCGGGCGACGACCAGUAUCCACGUCACAGUUAUAGGCACUGAAAACUAGAUGACGCAGCGAGGUCAACAAAAUCCCACUUCAGUUGCAUUCAUCACGAGUACGCCUCUCCAAGAUCCACCACAGCCAUCCAUGCCAAUAGAACCCGCUCAGAAGGUGGCGCUGAAAAUUCAAAGCCAUGCAAAGGCAACGCCGUGUGUUCAGUGGUGCACCAUCGCAUUGACGAUUUUUUUAGUGUAUCGGUCGUUUCUCAACGGCUCAAAAUCUGAAGCAAACAAACUGCCAGAUUUGUUGACACCCUGCUUUAGUCAAAAGCUACAAAUUAAACCUUCAAAUUAACUCAAAUGUGUCCCAUAUUUAAAGAAUACAUAGUCACAA